UUAUCUGUCAAUGAUGUCGUGUCCAUAUACAAUUGGGACCUGCAGACCCGUCUCUUAUCUUCCGUGUCUACAGUGUUGGGAAUGCAGCCGCCACUCCCACCGGAUGAAGUCAGAGAGCUGGUGUGUUCCUGUCUUCACAGGGACCCAGUAGCCGCUGACCUGAGAUGCAGCCUGUUUGUGGCCGCUGCUCAGAGCUACAGGAGGGACUCAGUGCUCAGACCCUACCCCGCCAGAUACAUCAGAGACACAGACACCAAGGAGUUCGAUGAGCUGGUGAGGAAUCAGACAGGACAGAAAACACUGAUAUUUUCCCCAUAUCAAAAGAUUAUUUAUUUAUUUAUUUUAUUUUACCUUUAUUUAACUAGGCAAGUCAGUUAAGAACAAAUUCUUAUUUACAAUGACGGCCUUCAAUGUUUGACUUAUAAUUCAAAACUUCAGAUGUAGCCUUUCUGCUAGAAUUCAAACACAUUAUUCAGCAUCACUGUGUACCAUACCCGUCCAGUUGGUGCUGCAAUGUACUGUAAUCAAUACUGUACUGUGUUGAUGUAGCCGCGUCUCCUGGGUUAUAAACUGCUCUCGUGUUCCUCCCAGCUGUCAGAUGUGAGCAGUUUGCCUGGUGUGAGGGAGUUGGUGAGACUGAGACCUGGUGAAGCAGACCAUCAUCUGGCUCUCACACACUGGCUUCUCUCCUCCAAGAGCUUCGCUGUGAAGACACUGCAGAAAGACGAGGUAAAGGCAAUGUCAAUAACAUGAUCACCUCUCUAUCAACAUUCUCUGUUUGUUGGAUGUUCCUGCCGGUUUAGAAUUACCAUCUUUACCCAACACCUAACAAUCACGUCAAGGGGUUUGGAUCUCUUGGCGUAACAGCUAAGUUAUUCUGCUGACAGUUGCUGGUCCCGGGUUCGAGUCCUGGCCAGGGAUUGGCCCUUGAAUUGACUGCAAAUAUUUGAUGUCCCUGUUCCCCUUCUCCUCUGCUGCCCCCCACCAGUAUGUCAAGCUCUGUAACCUGACAGAGAUCUCUGCUGCCCCCCACCAGUAUGUCAAGCUCUGUAACCUGACAGAGAUCUCUGCUGCCCCCCACCAGUAUGUCAAGCUCUAUAACCUGACAGAGAUCUCUGCUGCCCCCCACCAGUAUGUCAAGCUCUGUAACCUGAAGGAGAUCUCUGCUGCCCCCCACCAGUAUGUCAAGCUCUAUAACCUGACAGAGAUCUCUGCUGCCCCCCACCAGUAUGUCAAGCUCUGUAACCUGACAGAGAUCUCUGCUGCCCCCCACCAGUAUGUCAAGCUCUAUAACCUGACAGAGAUCUCUGCUGCCCCCCACCAGUAUGUCAAGCUCUGUAACCUGACAGAGAUCUCUGCUGCCCCCCACCAGUAUGUCAAGCUCUGUAACCUGACAGAGAUCUCUGCUGCCCCCCACCAGUAUGUCAAGCUCUGUAACCUGACAGAGAUCUCUGCUGCCCCCCACCAGUAUGUCAAGCUCUGUAACCUGACGGAGAGUGAGGGGAUCUCUACGCCGGUCCCAGACUUCCUGUUUGAGCUGGAGUACUGUGACCAGAUGAACGUUAAGUUUGAGAAGACACGGGCGGGACGCGACCUCUUGUAUGCAUUCCACGGCAGCCGACUGGAGAACUUUCAUUCUAUCAUCCACAACGGACUACACUGCCACCUCAACAAGGUCAGUGCAGAAAUAUGGCAGCCCCACCAGGCCUGUUAUGAUGAUGAUGAUCCUUUUUAUUUAUUUGGUUCCCAGUAGCCCUACUUGAAUAUAUAUUUUCAGAUUGAUGGUUGAUUGAUAUGUUCACGGAUAAUUGUUAUGUUGAGUCAAUAGCCAAUAUUAGCUACAAAAUAAAUGGACUUGUAUUGAUGAAGUUGCAGAGUAAAAAAAUUUUUUUACCCACAGACGUCGUUGUUCGGAGAGGGCACCUACCUCACCAGUGACCUCAGCAUGGCGGUCCUCUACAGUCCCCAUGGCAACGGUUGGCGUGACAGUCUCCUGGGACCAUUGCUAAGCUGUGUCGCCAUGUGUGAGGUCAUCGACCACCCAGACGUGAAGUGCCAGGUGAAGAGGAAAGGUACAUUUUCACAACAUCUAGGAUACUUUAUAACAGAUGAGUGGAGACUCAGUACAGGCAGUGGUGGAUACGCCUCUCCUCUGAGUCUGGUUCCUCUCAAGGUUUCUUUCUUCUAGGGAGUUUUCUCCUUUUUCAUCUGCUUGCUCUUAGGGGUUGAGGCCUGGGUUACUGUAAUGCACUUUUUGAUGUGAAAAGGGCUUUUUGAUUAAUUUGAUUGAUUGAUGGACAAUGCUACAGAAAUGUAAACAAUGGCUACCUCCUAAACCCUGUCAAUAAUCAUUUCCCUAAAUCUGUUUCAGACUCCGAGACCAUUGACCGGCAGCGAUCCAGAGCCAGGAACAGCGAAGGAGGAGAGGUCCCUCAGAAGUACUUUGUGGUCACCAACAAUCAGCUGCUCCGAGUCAAGUACCUGCUAGUGUACUCUCAGAGAAGACAUCUGUCCAGGUGAGUCACUCACUACCUGUAUGGACGGAGCACUACUAUUAAAUGCUAACACGUCUUUGACAAACGGCUAAUUAAAUGCUAACACGUCUUUGACAAACGGCUAACUGGAUGUACAAAUGCGGUCAAAUAUAUUGGUACCCUUGCACUUUAUAAUCGAGCAGAAUGUUCUGUUUUUUUCUUUUCAAAACUGGUUUAAUGGCAAUGUCUACCCUGUAGGCACCUGCAACUUACCACAGGUGAGAUUGGUUACACAGUGAACAAGAAUCAUUGCCUCCAACAAAAAUAAUUUAGAAUAAUUUAGUCCAGGCCAUUUUUUUUAUUUGAAGUAAAACAAUCUCAAUUUCACUUAGAUUUGUUAGUUUUUUUUGGUCCUGUGCAGUUACAAAUCAAACAACGUAAACACAACGUUUUUUCAACAUCAAGUGAUUUUAUAAGAAAUAGUAUGUAUGCACGCAUGACUGUAAGUCGCUUUGGAUAAAAGCGUCUGCUAAAUGGCAUUAUUAUUAUUAUUAUUAUUAUUUAAAUAGUGAAUCAUGCAAGGGGUGCCAAUAUAUUUUACCAUCUGUAUUAUCUUUGCUGCCCUCUAGUGGUGUCUUUGUGUGUUGCCAGUACAUUGGGAAAAGGAGGAACUUUCCAGCAUGGCGUCAGCAGAUGCUUCAGAUUUUCAUUGCCGUUCCAACUCCUAUAUGCGUUUUUACUUCUUCUGUAGAGCAGAUGUAGUCUUUUGACUUGUGUGAUGUGAUUGUAAUGUGAUUUUUUUUGGUGACGUGUUUCCAGACAUUCCCGGGGCAGAUCGUGGCCGGUCAGACAUCACUUUGCCAUCAUGAUGAGUCUGUACCUGCUGCUACUCAUCUUCAUCGGUGCCUUCAACUCCACCACGUUCCUCUCCUUCUGGAACCGGCUCUUCCGGUGAUGUCACAACCACAGGACACACACACACACACAC